UGCUAGCCCUGCCUCCCGGGCGCCUCGCUUGGGUCCGCGGCUCUCCUUUUCCCCUCCUGCCUCCCUCCCCGGCGCUGCCAGCCCAAACCCCAACCACCUGUGCCCCCGAAAAAUCCAACUCCUCCCGCUCCGCGCCCCGGGGGGGAGGCAGGGGCAGGGCCACGCCGCAGAGGGGGCCGCCGCGGCCUCCUGCCUCCUCCUGGUCUUCUCCCCCUCCCCCGUCUGACGCUGCCUCCUCUGGAAGGGUGUUUGGAGGGCAGCGGCCGCCCCAAGCCGAAGCCCCGCAGCGCUUCUUAUGAUCAGCUCGGUGUGUGUCUCCUCCUACCGCGGGCGCAAGUCGGGGAACAAGCCUCCGUCCAAAACAUGUCUGAAGGAGGAGAUGGCCAAGGGCGAGGCGUCGGAGAAGAUCAUCAUCAACGUGGGCGGCACGCGACAUGAGACCUACCGCAGCACCCUGCGCACCCUACCGGGCACCCGCCUCGCCUGGCUGGCCGAUCCCGACGGCGGGGGCCGGCCCGCGUCCGAUGGCGGUGGUGCAGGCAGCAGCGGCGGCGGUGGCUGCGAGUUCUUCUUCGACCGGCACCCGGGCGUCUUUGCUUACGUGCUCAACUACUACCGCACGGGCAAGCUGCAUUGCCCCGCCGACGUGUGCGGGCCUCUGUUUGAGGAGGAGCUCACCUUCUGGGGCAUCGACGAGACCGACGUGGAGCCCUGCUGCUGGAUGACCUACCGGCAGCACCGCGACGCCGAGGAGGCGCUCGACAUCUUCGAGAGCCCAGACGGAGGCGGCGGGGGCGCGGGGCCCGGCGACGAGGCCGGCGACGAUGAGCGGGAGCUGGCCCUGCAGCGCCUGGGGCCCCACGAGGGAGGCGCGGGCCCCGGCGCCGGGUCCGGGGGCUGCCGCGGCUGGCAGCCCCGCAUGUGGGCGCUCUUCGAGGAUCCCUACUCCUCCCGGGCGGCCAGGGUGGUGGCCUUUGCCUCUCUCUUCUUCAUCCUGGUGUCCAUCACCACCUUCUGCCUGGAGACCCACGAGGCCUUCAACAUCGACCGCAACGUGACGGAGAUCCACAGAGUGGGGAACACUACCAGCGUGCGCUUCCGGCGGGAGGUGGAAACGGAGCCCAUCCUGACCUACAUCGAGGGAGUGUGCGUGCUGUGGUUCACGCUGGAGUUCCUGGUGCGCAUCGUGUGCUGCCCCGACACACUGGACUUCGUUAAGAACCUGCUCAACAUCAUCGACUUCGUGGCCAUCCUGCCCUUCUACCUGGAGGUGGGGCUGAGCGGCCUGUCGUCCAAGGCGGCUCGCGACGUUCUGGGCUUCCUGCGCGUCGUGCGCUUCGUGCGCAUCCUGCGCAUCUUCAAGCUUACGCGCCACUUCGUGGGGCUGCGCGUGCUGGGCCACACCCUGCGUGCCAGCACCAACGAGUUCCUGCUGCUCAUCAUCUUCCUGGCCCUGGGCGUGCUUAUCUUCGCCACCAUGAUCUAUUACGCGGAGCGCAUCGGCGCCAGGCCUUCCGACCCGCGGGGCAAUGAUCACACCGACUUCAAGAACAUCCCCAUCGGCUUCUGGUGGGCCGUGGUCACCAUGACGACGCUGGGCUACGGGGACAUGUACCCCAAGACGUGGUCAGGCAUGCUGGUGGGGGCGCUGUGUGCACUGGCCGGCGUGCUCACCAUUGCCAUGCCCGUGCCUGUCAUUGUCAACAACUUCGGCAUGUACUACUCUCUGGCCAUGGCCAAGCAGAAGCUGCCCAAGAAACGGAAGAAGCACGUACCUCGGCCGCCUCAGCUGGAGUCGCCCAUUUACUGCAAGUCGCAGGAGACCUCGCCCAGGGACAGUACCUACAGUGAUGCCAGCCCCCCUGCCCCAGAAGAGGGUGUGGUUGAGAGGAAACGGGCAGACUCCAAGCAGAACGGCGAUGCCAGCGCGGUGCUGUCAGACGAGGAGGGAGCCGGCCUCACCCAGCCCCUGGCCUCCGCCCGCACCCCGGAGGAGCGCCGGGCCCUGCGACGCUCCGGCACCCGAGACAGAAACAAGAAGGCAGCUGCCUGCUUCCUGCUCAGCGCUGGGGACUUUGCCUGUGCCGAUGGUAGUGUCCGGAAAGGCUGUGAAAAGUCCCGGAGCCUAAACAACACAGCAGGAGCUGCUGGAACCAGUCUGGGGCUAUCUCAACUGGCAUCGCGAUACAGCUCACCCUACCCUCCAAGAAAGCUCCUGCUCUCCCACCCCUUCCACCCCCUCACCAGCCCACCCCCUGGACACUCAGCCCCGUAGCUGGACCCUCGGCUCACCCCGCCCCUGGGCACACGCGCACAAACAGGCACACUCACAUGCCUCCAGCCCUCGUUCCUCCUGGGGCCUGCGGAAGCCAGGCAGGAUGCAGGAGAAUUCAGGGCCCCCAGGCCUCUCCUCCACAGCACCCAGCUCCCCAGAAUGUUCAGCUCUGGGACCUGAGAGGGAGGGAGAGAUUACUUCCAGGCCUUCUAUCCCGCUCACUCCCGUCCUGAGCUGAGGGUGCCGUCACGCCCAGGACUGUGUCUCUGGGCCCUGCCUCCCCCUCAGGGUCCCACCUAGAUCACAGCAAAUGCAUUUCCAUCCCUCGGGGCCUUCAACCAGUAACCAAACAGCCUGCAACUGAACAUCUCUGUCUGUCUGUCUGUCAAUCCCACACCCAGACCAGCCAGGAAUAAGGCUGUCUGUCCCCUGGGGCAUCUCUGCCGGUGUGUGAGGGCUUGACUCCUCGGGGGAGCAGUGCCACCUGAUAUUCUCCAGCCCUGCCAUGGGGUGCAGGUGGGCGUUCCUAGAGUCAGAGCCCCACGAUUGGCUGCCGAGGCGCGGGGAGGUCCUCCUCUCGGGGGUGGCGCCCAGCAGCGGAGCCCAGCAUCCCAUCUGCACCCCGAGCUGCAGUAUCGCUUGCCACGCUGCUUCCUCUGCUUCCCCGACAAUUCUUCUUCCUCUCCUGCUCCCUCCAACUCCCAGCCCUGCCUCUGAGUCACCUGCCGCUCCCACCCAGCCUCUGUGCUCUGUAUCGCUGCCAGAACCGGAGACUCAUCUAAUUUCUAUAAUUAAGUGUAUUCAUUUACCUAACGAGCCAGGGAGCACAACAGGUCUGUGAGUCAUUGAGUGAGCAGGGGUGCGCCCCGGGCAGGGGCAGCUGAGGGGAAGUGUAGGGACUGAAGCCAUCCUGCCCCCACCAGCUCCCUUACUGGCAGCCUGCCGCGCCCAGGGUGGGCCGAGCCGCAGGGGGGCCCCUCCCCAGCACACCAGCCAGGCGCUUCAGGACCUCCUCAGCCCAGGAACUCGGAACACCUCAGGCAAGACAUUGCCUGUUUCACCUGAUGGGAAUUAGACCUGACAGCAGAGCCGUGUGCCUGGCAAUUUUUAGAGUCAGAUUAUGCAACUUUGUCAAGGGAAUGACUAAGUAAGGUCCAUGUCUGCUCCUUCCAGAGUGGGCAGAGAUAGGUACCGCCAGACAGCAUUUUGGGACUUGGCAGGAGGCUGGGGACUCUGGAGGCCACCCCAAAAGGUGAGCUGGGCAGAAAGGUCAGACCGUUUCAUGGCGCUGGAGGGGUGAUGAAGAGCCUGCUCCAGGAACAUCCCCAUUUCAAUGCCUUCUUCAGCCUUGGGCAGACACAGGGAUGUCCCUUCCAGGAAAGUCUGUUCAGGGUGGGUCCUGGGCUCCCCCAGCCCUGCUGUGGUCUGUGGGGCCUGCCUCCUGCUUGCUCUCAGAAUGACGAGAAGAAGAGCUGAGGAAGAUACAGGGGCGUCCAUGCCACUGCCCCUCAGAAGGGGACACGGACAGGGAAGCCCUGUGGAGCAGGACGGGGAGCAGGGCACCUUCGACCCUUUCAGCCCAGUCUCAGAGCCCAGCUUCUCUUCCGGGAGGAUGGGUUCGGUCCUGCUCCUGCCGGGCUCCCUGGUGCAGGGGUCCCGGCUCUGACACGGACACGAUGAGCUGGGUGUCCGGUGUAACAUGGGCACCACAGCUAUUUUCUCCUCUCACUCGCCUUUCUGGUUCAGGGAACUGAGGCGGCUAUUUCUGUGGCAGCCCUCAAGUUGUCAGGAGCCCAAGUUUCCACGGCACCCACCGCCUCCUUCCCUCUCUUCCCUCCCACAGGGACGGGUAUGCUCAUGGCACCCCCAUGGUGGGCACAGAUGUCUCUGGGCGACAUGAUGCAGGAGUGCCAGGCUGGAGCCCCUAGUGCCUUGGGAGGUGGGCUCCCACACACCCCUCCUGUCUCUCUGGCUUCUGUAGGGUUGACACAGGAUUGAGCGUGAGCUGACGGGAGAGCUGAGUAGGCCGCCUGCCCCAGCUCCUCUCAGGGCCCUCGGAAAGGGCAAAGAGAGCCCUGGAGUUUACGGAGCCCCACUGUACACCAGGCCCUGCCUGGGGAGGCGGCUGCCUGCAUGGGCCUCAGGCUUGCCCAGGCCUCGGGCCUCCCUCCUCAGGAGAGGGCACUCCCUCCCACCCACAAUCUGAGAGUGCAGUUUGCUUUACCUUGGAUCUGGACUUGGACCUCUGCCCAUUACUUUGGCUUCUAACAGCCUUUCCCCUGCAGCUGGGGCCCAGCCCCUCCCCGCAGAGCAGGGAAGCAGCCCGGUUAGGAGUUGUUGCCCCUCCAGUUUGUACCAGGGCUGCUGACAACCCUAGAGGCCACUUCUCAGCCCCCAGGGCUUCUGAGAGGGGUGGCUGUGAGCUGGAGCCAGAGGGGAAAGUGCCUGUUCAGCCCAGAGCCCAGACUGCAUGGGAGUCAGAGGGGAGGCUGCAUAACAGCUCCGGCUGCCCUUUCACAGAGCCUCCUGGAAGGCGAGGGCCUCCUCUGCCCUGGCCAGAGAACAUCGCCUUCUCUGGCGUGAUGCCUGCCCCCGCAGCAGCGUCCUGCCUGCCCUACCUGCGCCCCAGUUGAGAAGGUAGGGGAAGGGAAGGCCCAGGCCACUGCCGUCCCAGGCUGAGGAGGAGAUGCCGAGAAGGGCUCACUGAGGGGUUGGGUUUCCUGCUGUCUCUCCUGAGAUGGGCACAGUCAUCCUCCCUGACCUUCCCCUUCAGCAUUCACCCUCCAGCUGCUGGGACUGUGUUCCUGCCAGAUUGAGGAAGGGGACUGGGCAGGACACGGCAGCACACUCAGGAGCCUUCCUCACCAGCCCCCUGGGACAAUGGACUAGCCCCAGGUGGUGAUGGCAGAUGGAGCUAUGUCAGGGGGGAGCACAGGCUGGGCAGGCAGCAGCCCAGGCGAUGGCCUGUGGGCUGUCAGCCCCCACCCUGCCAGGAACCUCUCCCACUGCCUCCAUGCCAGGCUGCAGAGCUGUGGUCCCUCUUCCCACUGCACUGCAGCUUUGAGGACCUGAGGUCUCCUGGUUCCUGGAGCUCAUUACCUAACAGGCACGGAGAUAAGCUGUAACAUCACCUAUGGGUCACCGUGGCCCACUGCUGGGUUGGCAGAGGGGUGAUGAAAGGCUCACCCCCUUUCCUCCCUAUCCCCACUCUUCCUGGACUCUUAGCUCUGGGCCCCAUGCCUUCCAGCUCCGCUCCUGGCCUACUCCUCAACCCACCGCCUAUAGGUCAGCAGCUGCCUUCCUUCUAACAUCUCAUUCUUUGUUUCUCCCUUUCUUUUGCUGAACUCCUUACCCACCCCCCACCCCAAGAAGGCAAUGUUGAGCCGAAAGUGUGCGUCCCAGUGUCUCACACCCUGUGCUCUUUAAACACAGAGACCUGCCAAGAUGCCCUCUCGUCCAACUAUGCCCAGGCUGAAGUCCUCACCCUCU